UGUGGGGAAACAGAAUCGUUUUUUCAAAAAAUGGAACGAAUCGUAAUCAAAUCGGUUCGAAAAUCAAACAAUCGAACAACUCUCAUCCUUUAUUAUACCAUCAACGAUGACAUAAAAAUGUUAACAACUGUUAUGAAACGUCAAGCAUUUUGUUAGCUAAAUGAUAAAGAUUUCUCGCCAGAAAAGCAGAUAAAUUAACAUAAAAUAAAUCUAAAGGAAAAAUGUUACUCUAGCACUCAACUCCGAUUGCCUAUUUCCAUGGAAAAUGUGUCGACAAAAGUCAAAGGAUAUCCUCUCUUUCUCCCAACCCCGUGUACCAGAAUGGGAAAGGAAAAACUAUCGGCCUGUGCGUUAACAACAUCGACGCAUGGGGCAACGCACUUAUAUGGAGCACAUUGGUGCGAAAGAGUGGGCAGCGGGUGCGUAGAAAGAGAGCAAUAAAAGAGUAACAUAAACUUACCAUGGACAUGGGUAUAGAUGGUCUAUACCGUGCAGAAGGAAGAAAGAGGAAACCAUCGCAAGAAGUGUAGCAUAAGAAGAGAGAGCUACCAAUAUAAUAGAAAUGUGUACCAAAGCGAGCCAGCUACAAUCCUUAGAGGCAAACUGUCAAAAUGGCCGUCGAGGUUUGCUGCUGUUGCUGUGUGGUAUCGUCGUACGGUGCACACACUGCACACGGUAUGUGUCGCUACGAGUAAUAGAUCGAACCAAAACUAUAUCCUGCUCUUGCGUCCUAAACUAGUUGAACAAACAAAAAAAAAAACAAUAGAACGCAAGCAUCCAUUCGUUGUACGGAUGGAAACUAGCCGCGCGAUUGGAAACUCAGCCAAAUUUCCACGACAAUAGUGCACUGCAAAACCGCGUAGUAACGGGUUGAAGACAACGAAGAACGGCAGGAAACAAGGGGUGUGUAACAAGUGUGGGGAAAUAGCAGAAAAAAAAGCGAAGAAGUAGAACCAGUGUGCAAAAGCGAAAGAAAGUGCUCCCUUCAAUCAACUAUUUAUUCCUGCAAUAACCAAUUCAUCGUUUGAAGGGUUGAUCCAAACAAGGAGCAAAGCACAAACACACACGCACACAACUACACCCUGUAAGGCCAUCCAGGCGCCAAGUGCAAUAAACCUCACUGCAAACAAAAGCAGGAAUGAAAUGGCAAACAAAUCAUAAAAAAAAACGGCGACAGUAGCUGCUUAGCAUACAUUCGCUCCAGCUGCUGAAAGAAGUAUCCAGCAGUGUUUAUGCUGCUUCUGUGUGUUGGUGUGUGUAUAUAAAAGGGCCACAUUGACAGGAUACGUUACUACAAAAUGUGGUUUACCUUUGUGGAAAAUCCACGCCACUAUUCCCACUACGUGAAGUGAAGGCCAUAUUGGGCCAUCGUGCAGUGAAAGAAGGACGCCAUUGGUGUGGUGCGGCCAAAGGGAAGUGUGUGGACAUUAAACAACAAAAAAAUGUAACCAAUUUUAUUCCCCGAGAAAAGAAAAAAAAAUCCCUUGAUCAGAACGGCCACCGAUCCCGGGGAAUCAUCCACAAUCAAAGAAACGAUCCCCCCCCCCCAAAACGCCCCAAACACGGGGUUGCACGCACCACAAAAAAAACAAAAAAAAAAUAGGACCAUAGUAUGUGAAGAGCGAGAGCGAGAAAGAGAAACAAAUAGUAGCAGAAUGUGGGUGCGAAAGAGAGCGGCAAAGUGACAGACCGUUUCAAUCAAAAACCUUUACCACCCCCUUUACCACCGUUGGUGGUGGUGGUGUGGUGAUGGUCAUCACCCUUUUUCUUGUGCGGAUGCGUUUUUUGGGCUCUCGGCAGCAGCAGUGGCGGUGUAGUGGUGUGUGCGUACGCAAGGGUAGGAAUGAUGACUGUGCGACCACACGGUAACAACAACAACAACAACAACAGACCGCAACUGGAAGAAAGCAUUUACACCAGCCCACCUUCCAACCCCCAACCACCCCCCCACCCCACCCCGUACUCGUGAUAGCAACAAAUGGGUGUAUUUGUGACCGAAAGCACAAGUUUGGUGUGAAAAAACGCGUUCGGUGUGUUUUCUUUUGUUUGUUUGUUUGGUUCGUUUCUGUGCGAUCGGUGUGUGUGUGUGCGCGAGCGCACCUGUGUUUGCGUGUAUCCUUGCGGUGUAUCCUGAAAGCAAAAAGGUAACCAUGCUACCAUACAAAUGCACCAUCCUUCCUGUUGGAACAGUGCUAGAAAUGUGUGUUUACUGUGUCUGUCAAGCAUGACCCAUUUUAAGCCGAAAAAAAGGGAAAAAUCUACCCCCGCGUAAAACCCGUCCCAUUACAUCGCGCUGGCGCAUCUGUACGUGUGUGUGUGCGUUUUUUUGUGUAUGUGUGUCGAGCAUAAUACAGAAGGGUGCAGCAAUCCCCCGCGGGGUGUGGAAGGCAGACAGCCAUCGAUUCAUGCCAGAAGAACCCAGUAUUUGUUUACCUUGCGUAUGUGUGUGUAAUUUUGUACGUUAAAAUGUGUGCCGUGUGUGUGCGUGCGGUGUGCGUGUGUGCCGCAGUAAUCAACACUGUCAACAGCAGCAUAAACAGAGGAAGAAGAUGAAACAACAGCACGCGGACAGAAGGCAAAGGUUUUGAACAGCAAAAAGGGGACACAUCAACCCAAUCAACCAAAAAAAAACGCCCCCCAAAUGUGGUUUCACAAUCAAUCCGCAACGCAAGAUAGAAAUCCUUCUUGUACGAAGCUGGUCCUUUGCGUAAGAAGAGACUAUGUCCUUACUGUUAGCGAUGUUCGGCAUGCUCUUGCUACACUGCUACUAACGGUGGCAAUAUUUAUGUAUUAAAAAUAUAUACAACUGUGUGUGUGUGUGUGCGUUCGAAACACGCGAACGCAUGGUCCUUAUGGCAUUGGCCACAAGUCAGCAGCAACAACCCAUCAGCAAUCAGGACGACUCCAAUCCGCAGAGUUUGCAUACGCCAGACGAUGAAGAGGCAUCUAAUGUAAAUAAUAGCCGUAGCGAAUGCCAGAAGCUCAGAACCAGUCAAGAGACCGUAGCCUUGAUGCUUGGGUCAAACGAGCAUCUUCGUGCCUCGUGCGAGGAUCAAGUUAGAGCGACGAACAUCACGGCGUCCCGUAUUACUGUCAGCGUCAGUAAUUCCAGCACGUUGGAGAGCGUUUUAAAUGACGAAUCAGCGCAUAGAUAUGGUGCCGGUGCAGUGGAAACCGGCGAGAGUAAGGUUGAGGAUAAGGCAGCCAGUCGACCGACGUCUGCCUGCAGCAGUGGUAGCAGUUCUUCCUCAUCCGAUAUUCAACAGCACCUACAGUCGAUGUUUUGUUUACUGCGGCCGGAGGAAACGCUCAAGAUGGCUGUAAAACUGGAAUCUUUACGGACGGGUCGUACGAGGUAUUUGGUCGUGGUAUCGCGCACCGUUACAAGCAAACGCCAUAACACCGGCACGCUGUACCUUACCGGCAACGGAAGCACCGGCACCACAAACGGUAACAUCUCAUCGUGGCCAUUGUCAGCGACGCCGGUACCGAUCGUCACGCCAACCGCGUCGCAACACUUUGGUCGUAGCACCUGCCCGCCACUGUCCGGCACGGUAACAGCGGCCCAUAUGCGCCACGGUAGCUGCACCAGCGAAACAUUUGCCGGCAUUGAUACGUUUGUGUCCAGUCUGGACAACUGUGUCCUGAAUGUUGGUUCCAUCAGCAGCAGCGGUCGUUUGCCCGAUGGACACGUGCCGUGUAGGAGUGAUCAAUGUGAUAGUAAAACUAAUAGUAGGUUAAUUAAUAGCACUGGAACGGUUGAGAUGGCACCGUCGGGCAUCAGCAGCACCGACCCGGUUGGUGAACCUUUGGAAGGUACGCCCGGUACGGACGAUGCGACGAUCGGCGAUAAAGUAGACUGCCCACACGAAUCCGCAAGCGCCUUCAGCCAGGGGGAGCUGCAAAAUCAACAAUACCAGAACCAGCAUUCGAACAGCAACAGUGCCAUCACCGUCGAAGGUGGGAAAAAGAUCGAAGAAUCCUGUCUCCUCGGCAUUGAUUGCAACGAACGUACGACGGUGGGAUUGGUGCUGAAAGUACUCGCCGAUACCUCCAUACGGUUAGACGGUGAUGGAGGUUUUAGCGUGAGUUCGUGCGGCAAGCAGCACAUCUUUAAGCCGGUCUCGGUGCAGGCAAUGUGGUCCGCACUGCAGACGCUGCACAAGGCAUCGUUUAAGGCGCGUGAGCACAAUUUUUUCGCGGGCGGACCAUCCCACGAUUGGGUGUCGUACUAUGAGGCGCACAUUGAUUCGGACCGUUCCUGUCUGAACGAAUGGAACGCUAUGGACUCUCUCGAAAGCCGGCGGCCACCGUCGCCGGGCUCAAUACGUAGCAAACCAACCGAGCGUGAGGAAACGGAAAGCGUAAUACGUUCCAAGCUGAAGGAGGUGAUGAUGUCUGUCGAUCUGGACGACGUUACGUCGAAGUUUAUACGCGGCCGGCUGGAGGAGUUGCUGGAUAUGGAUCUGGGCGAGUACAAACCGUUCAUCGAUGCCGAAAUGCUCGUCAUCCUCGGACAGAUGGAUGCGCCGACGGAGAUUUUCGACCACGUGUAUCUCGGUUCGGAGUGGAACGCAAGCAACCUGGAGGAGCUGCAGCGUAACGGCGUCCAUCACAUACUGAACGUAACACGCGAGAUAGACAAUUUCUUUCCCGGGCUCUUUCAUUAUUGCAACGUCCGUGUGUACGAUGAUGAGAAAACGGAUCUGUUGCGGCACUGGGACAACACGUUCAAGUUCAUCUCGCGCGCCAAGAUGGAAGGUUCGAAGGUACUUGUGCACUGUAAAAUGGGUAUCAGCCGGUCGGCAUCGGUCGUGAUCGCGUACGCGAUGAAAGCGAACGGUUGGAACUUUGAUCAUGCGCUGCGCCACGUCAAGGAGAAGCGCAGCUGUAUCAAACCGAACAAGAACUUUCUGAUGCAGCUCGAAACGUACCAGGGUAUGCUGGAUGCGAUGAAAAACAAGGAAAAGCUCCAACGCAGCAAGAGCGAAACGAACCUGAAGCUGGCCGGUGCAAAGGAGGGACGCUCGUUACCGGGCAGUGAACCGACGCCGUUGAUACAGGCACUGAACGGUGCCGGUGGUGGUCAGUCCGGUGGGAAAAAGCAAACCGCGAACGGUGUACUGCUAGUGUCCACGGUAGGGAAGGCAAGCCAUAUUGUUGAAACGGUCGAUGUCAAUCUUUCGGCUGGUGAUGGUGUUGAGAAGACCGAAUAUGCAAUAGCACCGGAAGGGGAAGAUGAAGGAGAUUCUGGUCCUGGUCGGGGACGUGCAAGGGCACGUCAAACGAAAUUGCAACCCGCCCAUCAGCAACACUUAAAGCAGCAGCAGCACGUACAACCGGCGAACAGUACACAAACGCAACCGGAACAACAAAUGGCGUUUCCCGCCAAUCCGUGCGUUAGAUCGAAGCACAACAAAAUUAUGGCCAAUCUCUUUCUACCGGCGGCCGGCAACAAGCUGUUUAACCCUUGCGAAGGCCGUGUUUGUACGCGCGGUUCCGGUGCAUUAAAGCGCCACAAAAGUCUAUCGCCCGACUCGUUAAAUCCUCGCUGGUCCGGUAAUUAUGAUUUUGACGUUUCCUCUCUUGCGUACGCCGAACAAGCCUGUCCGGCCUCCGCUAGGAGAGCAUCACGUACCCGCACCAUGCUCGAACUGGACAAUCAAGCCGAACCGUAUGCCGGCGUGACGGCGGUCGGUUCCGCCGGUUCCGGGCGCCGAAAGCAACAAAGCUACUCACUGGAACAUCUGCACGGUGGUGCGCUCGAGAUGCGUUCACCCUGUACGGAAACGAAAACGAUACGGAUGCCGUGCGGCAACGGGCAGAACUACAGCGUUUCCCCGAACCAGAUAGUGCACUUGCAGGACAAGCUGCCAGCGAACGAGGUACGGAAAAAGGUUUCUUCCAGCCUGGCAACGACCGGUACGGGUUCGUCAACCACGACCAUAGCGCGCGGGGACAGUAUCUCCCGGAAACUGUUCCUCAGCAGCAGCAGCAGCAGCAUUGGGCCGCAUGAGCCGGGUUCCGGCGUCACCGGUCAGCCACCUGCCGCAACAGUGCCAUCCACCGUACCGUCGUCUUCAGCAACCUUGGGAUCCACGGUGAAAACAAUCGUUAACGAGCUAGAGUGUAAUAGCAGUAGCAAUAUACCGGUCGCACCACCGCCACUGCUAACCGAUCCGGCCGCAAUACUGUCGACCGUCGUUCCGAUACCGAUCGCAUCCGUAGCAGCGGAAGCGGCAGCAGUUGCCGUUGCUUCAGCCAUUCGUGAAGCGACUCGGAAGGAUGUUCCCGAACCGAAAGAUACACCGUCGGCACCGGACGCUAAAGGUGAUGAUGCUAAAGGUACGAACAAUCCGGAACAGUGGGAUCCCGGAGAGACCGACGGCAGACCGAACGAACCAAUCUGUUGGACGUCUUCCGCACAAAUCAUUCAACAGUGCCCUGGUGGGGGUUUUGCGGAACCAACAAACAGCGAUGGUGGUGGUGCGAACAGUAGCGAGCUUGGUGAAAUUACACCGGAACUCCCAGAGCCAUCAAACUGCUGUCCCGGCAAAACAUCGCGUGAGGGCGUUAUGCGCCAAAGUUCGUGGAGUAGCUGUGAUUCGAGCUGUACCGGUACGGAUGAAUCGGGACGGAUCGGUGGCAUUAGUCAAGUCCGGCGGCUAGGGUCCACACCCGGUCCGUCCGGUGUGGUGCACAGUAGCAGUGCGGCGGUAAUCGAGGAAAGGGAAGAAAUACCGUGGCAUCCUGGGACGGUGAAACGCACGAAGAAACGCAUCGAGCAGCGCAGUACGAAUGCUGCGUGUGGAACACUAAAAUGGAACGCGCCGCCCGGGACAGCAUCAUCCCUGCAGCCGACACCGUCCGCAUUAGUAGAAAAAGCGACAACGGGUGAGGAGGCCGCACCCGCACCGGUAGACGAACAUUCACAAACGCGAAAAACUGCACAAGAUGAGCUGGGACAGGUGGAAGGCUAUCAUCCGCAUACCGUACGCGAACGGCAGGGAAUGGUUUCGUCGAGUUACGCACGCCUAUCAGCCUCAGCACCGGAUUCGUACAACCUUUACGCGGAACCAGCCAGCCGGGUGGUUGAACCGCACACAGUAACCGAACCGUUGCCUGCGAAGCGACAGGUUAAGCUUAACCAUCAGCAUUCGUUUGCCGGUACGGGGGAAGGAACCGGUUCGUACUGUUUGCGGGUAAGCUUUCGUACUGGUGAUCGCCAGCAGCACCAAGAGACCGGUGAUGGUGCUGUUGAGGAGGAUACGUUUAAUGCGGGUAAGGUGAGAAAUUUAAAGAUGAGCUUUGAGGCGAAAUCGAACGACCGUAGGCAAGGGCCGAAAAAGGUACGUUCGCUUCCAUCGUCACCGGUUGCGGUGCACGUAGCGAUGGGCAGUCAAACGAAGCGACCGUCCGGCGCUCAACCGGUUUCUACCAUCUCCUCCACCACCGUUAUCCCGUCUUCAUCCUCCUCCGUAAUGUCCACCUCACCAUCAUCAUCAUCACCGGUGCCGGGGGUGGCGACCGUCGCAGGACCGGCAGGAGGUAAAAACAUUCACCAGUGCAUCACACCACCCGAGGAUGUGACGGUACGCGAUCUUGUCGAUCGGUAUGAAGUGCAAGGUCCCCGUACGCGUACGACUGGCAGCAAUUCACUGUCCCGAACGCAGCGUCCACGUUCGGUAUUCGAACCACUCAAACAGGGUAAACCGUUUGCACCAACCGCUAAUCUGCUGUCUCACUCCACCACACAGUGGCGGCUUGAUGAGUCGAUGCGACCACCGGUACCGCCGCUCGUUCGUGGAUUAGUGAUACCGCAACAGAGUGGGAAUGGUGGAAGCGCCACCGUAUCCUAUAAUAAUAACAGUAGUAGCAGCAGUAGCAGCAACACCACGCAUAACAACGUACAAUCGGGUCGCGUAUCGUCCGGACCGAGUGUUGGUACUAACAGCAACAGUAAUACCAGAAAUAAUAACAACACGCGCAUAAUGCUACAGUCUGGUGGACCUGGCGACGGUGUCGCUAUCGGUACGGUGGGUGGUAAACGACCGCAGCAGCAUGGUAGAACGCAUCCGCUGGCAAAAAUAAGCCCCAGCGCAAGGCAUCACCAUCAUCACCUGCAUGUGCAUCACCAUCAUCAUCUGGUGCAUCAUCAGUACAACAUUGGACAGCUGCAGCAGCAUCGUCACAUCGGUACGGCACCGGGACCGGGCGUAUCCGGUACAACUGGCCCAUCGGCCACUGUCACAGCGAACGCUUACAACACGAUGUGAAACCCCAGUCGCUUUAUCCACCAGCUUGAGACAACAUUGAUUGUUGGUUCCCCCCCUCCCCCCGCGCCCCACCCACAUCCAAGACGUCGUUAGGACAAUCUUAGUGGUUUUGCGAUGUUUUUUCCUCACCUUUUUUGCUUUCUAUUCUACUUUUGUACCGUGUUCAAAAGAAAAAAAGGUCCAAUUAUGGCCAAGGGACCAUUUGAUACUUUUUUUUUUGGUUUUCGCUUUUGGCGCAACACCUUUAAGUGAUGAAGUUUAAGCUAGCACAAACAGUCAACAAUAUAUUUUAUAGCUUUUGUUUUUUUUUUUCUCGAUUGUGACGUUGUUCAUUUUUAUAUAUAAAUAUAUUUAUUAUUAACGAUGUAUAGAAAGCGCUCAAGUUUUUGUUGUGACUCGCAAGCGCGCGGCACAUUCUCUUUCUCUUUUUUUUUCCUGUCACGUCCCACGUGGUAUUACCUUAUUUAGCAAAAUCCCGUUUACUGAACAACGUCAAUGGUGCAAUAAUGAAACGAUAAAUCAAGGAAAGCAGCUUUAUGGUUUUGUUUUUGUUUUUUGGGGUCCUAGCAAAUUAAUCCCCACGCUUAUUCUUAAUUGUUCAAUUUUUGGAAACAAAAUUUACGUUACUCUGUGCAUGCAUUUCAAUAAAUUGUAUUUGUUUUUAUACUUCCCCCCCCCUUUUUUUUUGGUUGUUACGUUGCUCAAUUACAGCUUCACGCGUCCUGUUACAAAAUUAACAUUCCCUUUUACUUGGAAAGGUUUUUCUUUAUUAUGUUGAUAAUUGGUUGAUUUGUUAAAGUAAACAUUUGAUGAAACAUAUUGAUAGUGAUAAUGCAGUGUCAAUAAUUUGGACAAAAAGGGCAUUCACUCGAGCUUCCUUUUGGACGGCAGAAUAGUCUAUGCGAGCGAAACCGUGCAAUCGUAAAACAAAACAACAAUACCCUUCGAAACAGGCUGCUCAUGCUUCGCUGUCUACUUCUCAAUUAGUAAAAACCUAGUCAAAACCCCAUGAACGAAACAAGCUUGUUCGCAUUUUUAUUAUUUUUUUUUUUUACAUUUUUAUCAUUCCAAGUUAAACAUCACGCUUGUAUGAUUUGUUAUCCCAAUGUCCAGAGCGCACAGUGAAACGAUUGCUUCGUUUUCUCUGUCGUUCUUCUUCUGCUUGUUUAGCCUGCUCAUGGUCGGUCAAUCCGCUUCCAGGGAACUCGGUCUAAGGCAACAUCCACGGCUGCAUCCGUUCGACUCCACCUGAUCCAGGCAACGAGAGCUCGCUGUGCUCCUCCUCUACCUUCUUGGUGGAGCAUGAGUGGCAUUCUCAUCACGUGCCCCCGGCAAUCGAAUCCUUCCGGCUUUGACAACCGCUCAGCUAGCUCGUGGUCGUUCCAUUCACUGGCACUGCGUGAUCAUUUUUUCAACAAAAAAAAACUUUUGAUCUCCCGCUUUAUAUCAAUUUUCUAAUUUCCUAAACAUUGCAACACUUCCUACUGUUAAUGAUCUCGCAUAAAACAAAUCAUAACGAAAUUACAAAACAAAAUGCAUAGGCGAAGCAAAUGGGCUCGCGCGUGUGUGUGUGUGCGCGUCAUAAUAAGGAUGUGUUUUAGGGACAACAAUGCGGUUUAUGAUUGUUUUUUUUUCAUCUUCAUUUUGCGUGCGCUUGUUCCAGGGACAGUUGUAGGGAUAGAUGCUAAGGACAUGCUGCACCUGCAUUUCCAUUGACAACACGGCCGCGCCGGCUUCCCAAUUAAUGUUAGGUUUAUUUUAAUGAUACAUGUUAAACGAUUGUGCGUGUGUGUGUGUGUGUGUGUGUUUUGUGUGCGUAUUCGUGUGCAUAUGUCCGUGCAUGUAUAUAAGCUAGGUAGAUGGAAGCAAACAGUGAAACCGACUGUAGGAAGCAAAGGAUAACCAAUACACGUGACGUGCAAGGAUUCAGAAGAGAAGAAAAGAAAAACAAGCAAGAACUACAAAAAUAAGCCCAUCCGCUGUGUACAGUUAGUUACUCAUUCAAUUUCAUCGAAAAAAAGGGAUACGCUAAACGUUAAAUCAAUAAAUGCAGAAAAAUUA